GCCUAUCUACGUCUCUACAGUCCGGCCCCAAUCAAAACACAUCGUUGUCAUCAUGGAUCAUGGUGCUUCGGUGACGGAAACCCAGCUUCAGAUCGCCAAGGAUGCAGCCCAGGUCAUCCUGAGCUCCAUCGACGAGCACGAUAAGAUCUCUGUGCUAACCGUGGCGGAUACUGUGAGGACCUGCUCCCUCGAUCAGUGCUACAAGACGUUCCUGUCUCCAGCCACCAGCGAGACGAAAAGAAAAAUGUCUACCUUCGUCAGCAGCAUCAAAUCGUCCGACAGCCCUACCCAGCAUGCCAUGGGCUUCCAGAAGGCCUUCCAGUUGAUCCGGAGCACCAACAAUAGCACUCGACUCCAUGCCA